AUGCUUCAAUAUCUGGAUAGCCUUCUCAAACUUUACGGUUUAUUCAAUUUUUAUCAGCUUUGGAUCGCCAAGUAUAUGGAGAAGGCUAAUAUUGAUAGAUAUGUGAGUGGACAACUGAUAAAAUGUUUGCUAGGUUUGGGUUUAUCCACUCUCUAUUUUGCUUGGAUCCGAAAUGAGGAUUUCAUGGGCAAAGAUAUUUCCGAUAAGAACUUUUUUGCUCGAGUACAUCAUGUACAUGAUCCUUUCUUUAAUAAUUUUUUUGGAUUAAAGUCAACACCUCGAAUGCUUCCCGAAGUUGGCAUGACCUGGAUGGAUUGGUUUAAUUGUGCAACACUGGGGUAUUUUGGAUUGUGGCUGAAAGGCCAUUUUGUGAGCAUGUUCAGUUUUCCUUUUCUAUUUUCUUUUAUUCCGUUUGAAAUGUAUUUGUUGUAUGAUUUAAUUUCCACUGGAAUGCAUUGGCAUGUAAAUGGAGUCAUAUAUUAUUCAUUGUGGGCCCUUGUGUUGUACCACACUUGGUACCGAGUCCGAUAUCCAACUCGUAAAGACUCUGCUAGACCAGUGGGUAUUCCACUCUUUUUGUUGAUUUCAGCAUGUAGUGUUGUCUUUUUGAUUGACUUUUGGUUUGAAAUUGGCCUUAUCAAUAGAUUCAUUGGUAGUGGUGCUUUGGAAAAGAGAUUGAAUCAGCAGCACGCACAGGACCAACACGAGUUUCAUCCCUUCAUGACACAACCAUCACAGGAUGGUCAAGAGAAGUUUAGGAAAAUGGCAAACUUUUUAAGGGAAGAAAAUUAUUGGCAACACCAAUCUAAGGGUUCUCGAUUGUUUAACAUGCCAGCCUCAAGUCAUAGAUUUGUAGAAGUGUCAGAUAGUGACGAUGAUGACGAACCACCCGGAUUAGAAGAUGUUUCUGAUAUUUCUGUCGAGUAA